UGGAAAUGGACACUGAUGUAUUUGUAGCAUUUGUGGAAGAGGAGUCCCUUUUUUUUUGUAACCGACAGUGCAGCCGCCCGUGAGCCCCGCUGGUGCUACCCGGAAAUAUUACAAGGGCCGGAAAGGACCGAUGUUAAGGGAGCACACGUCACUCACUUUUACCCAAAAAUAUUACCACCGACCAUCCAAAAUUGUCUCGGCCGUCGAAUUUUUUUAUCUGAAGCUCCCUGUCGACGCAGACCGGUGGUAAUGAAGUGAACAGACGGCGGCUGCGGUAUCCUAUGGGGUUGGUUUCUUCUGGGAACCGUGAUUGGUGAUUUACAUUAAAAUGAGAGGCAGCCAAACAUGCGAUAGAUUAUCUCCCUCAUCUACCAGGGGAGCUCACUCCCCACCAGGUUCAUCGCAUCGAUUAGAGGAAACGGUAAGAUAUAACGAGCUGUAGGAACAUCUUGGCUGAACAAGGAUGAGGAGCCUUGCUUAGAUGAAGGAUAAUGUCAACGCAGUUACUCUCAAAGGAAACAAGAAGUCAUUUCUUCUGCUUCUCAAUAAAAACCACAUUUUUAGCAUUUUUUUUAAUUAGAUGGAACUCAUCUACUUGUCUUAAAGACACUUUUACCCUUUAAUCAUAAACUCAUCUUCCCGGCCACCCCACUCAUUUUGGAAAAAGAGUGUGGGCAUUGGAUUAUCAACAGGGAGCACCAGAAGUUAACUAUCUGGAGGGACGAACUUGGUAUUUAAGACAUUCAAGUAGUUCUGGGAAAUAAAGUAGAAUAACCUCACGCUAAAGUUUAUCUUUCACCAGUCACUGGUGGGAUCAUUGUUUUUUCGCUCCUAGCGCUGGAGGUUUGGCGCCUGCACCCCCAUGUGCCAGUGAGUGGGAAAUGUUCCAAUUUGGAAAGUACAAUCUGGACAUUAUAGAGAUGUUAAGUGGGCACCAGGCCCACCAGUUUAAAGGCCUUGGUUUAGAUCGACAACUACAGCAUCAACAGCAAGUGCAACUUCACCAGCAUCAACUCCAGCAGCAGCAGCAACAACAGGCUGAAUCUUCUGGAGCUCUUCUGUCUGGACUUGGCUUGGGACCCCUGCAGGGGUCAAGAGGUAACGCCUUUUCUGAUUCUGCCUCCAUUUUUGCCAAGAUGAGUGCCCCUCCUCCCCCACCUUUACAACAACAGCCUUCCUCAUCUCAGAGCUCUCGUUCAAAGUCAAGCAAGAUGAGCAGCAGCAGCUCAAGCCAUUCGUCAGGCUACCCACAGUUCCUGCGCUCUUUCCACCCGUCUGAGGCAGCACUAGCACAGGAGCAGUUACAUCCAGCUGUAGGCCGUUUCGAGCACUUUGCUGGGGCAAGUAGCAGUAGUGGGAGUGCUGGGGGUUUAGGAGGAUUAAUAACAUCAGCACCUCCACCCCCUCCUCCUUUGCAUCCCGGCCUCUCUGUCCCCCAAGCAUCAUCUGGUCCUUCCUCUUCCUCUCCUUCCCCUUCAACAUCUGUGGCCACCUCUAAUAACCCUUCUAGCAGCAGUACAGUCAGCUCUUUGGGACACCAGUUGGUUGGGGCCCAGUCUGAUGCACGAAGCCUUCACCAACAGUUUAGUUGCAUGUUAGCUGCUAAUCAGUAUUUCCUUUCUGGGGUGCCUUCUAAUGCUAGUUUAGAGCAAUUUCUUGUUCAACAGGGAACGCAUAACCACUUAGGGCUUAGUUUGAGUCAUACAGGCGGGGACCCUAGUCUUGCUCCGCCUCCUGCUUUGCAUUCUUCUCACUCACAUGGCCACUCCACUUCCCAGCCACAGCAGGCUCCACAUCAGCCCCCUCAGCAGCAACAGCUUCCACCUCACACUCUUUCUCAUCCUCACUCUCAUUCCCAUCCUCACCAUCCACUCCACCCAGGCUCUCAUUCUUCAUCACUGAGUGGCUUCGACUUCCAGGGCAUCCCUGUUCUCUCAUCAAAUCAGUUAGCCUCUCUGAUGCAGCAGGAAGCAGGUUUGCCUCUCCCCUUGCCCCUUCAUUUAUCCUUAUCUAAAGAUGACGGUAAAGGUGAAAGCAGUGGAGGUGGAAGUAGUAGUAGUGGUGGCAGUAGCAGUAGGAGAAAGAAAGCUAUGGCCGGCUAUUUGCCACAGAGAAAAUCUGAUAGUGCUAGUAAUAGCAGCAGUGGUCAUGGCCAUGUCAGCCACAGUGGUAAUCUCACCACUAGCAGUCAUGGUCAGCCCCCGGCUUUAAUUGGUAGUGGGGUUGGUAUGUCGAGUAUGGGUGGAGACCCAUCAUCCAUUCUAGCCUCAUCAUCUUCAUCCUCAUCAGUAGUUUCUUCCUCCUCCUCCUCUGCUCCCUCUUCCACUGCUGCCUCAGUACUGGUUACUAAUAAUUCUCACCUUUCUAAAUCUGAUCUGAGCUCAAUGCAACCCAACAACUCAGAGUCUGAUGUAGAGCCUGUUUAUAGCUGUGGAGAGUGUUGCAAAAGCUUUCCUCACCUUUCAAGCCUUCGCAGGCAUUUGCGCAUGCAUGAGCCAACUACAGCAGGCACUAGCAAUGCUUCCUCUACUGGCCCAAACCCCAUUCAUAUUAAACCACAGGCUGACCCAAGCCUUCCCCAUUCUACCCAAGAAACCCUGCAAACCCUGCAAACCCCGCAGACCCCGCAAACCCCGCAAACCCCGCAAACCCCGCAAACCCCAACAAUUUCUUGUCCUAGCCCAGACAAAAUAUUUAACUGUCCUGACUGUGGCAAAGGCUUUAAGAAAAAAGGGCACCUCCUGCAACAUGGAGUUUUACACUCUUCAACGCGCCCAUAUGGCUGCUCCACCUGCUCUCGGGCUUUUAAUCGUAGAGAAUCAUUGACACGCCAUGAGAAGAUACAUGAGGAAAAGCCUUUCCGAUGUCCCGCCUGUGGUCGUGCCUUCCGUGAGAGCACCUCUCUACUGAACCAUGCUGCCUCAGGCACCUGCGGCAAGCCAGGUAGGGGACCCAAACCAAGGGGGAGCAAGACAGAAACUGAGGGUCAGGACAGAGUCGGGGGAGGGGGUAAUGGAGGAGUGGGAACUUAUCACAGCAAUAGAGGUGUUAUUUAUGGGAAAACUGAGGAAGACGAUGGUGUAAUCAUUGUGGGGGAAGGAGAACCAAAAUCAGGUUUAGGAUGUGAUGGUCUUUUUCAGUCUGCAAGGGGAGGGAAUUCAAAUGACAGGGACAGAACAGAUGCUAAAUACCCCACUGACUACUCUCGGAAUCGUUACACAGGCUACCAUGAUGACCAUCGUUCUCAGGGGAAUCCAUCUCCAUGCUACUCUGGUGCCUCCCCCUGUGGAAGUGGGAUGGCGGGCCCAGCUCUGAGAAAGGCACCAUUGGCUCCAACACUGCAUCCACACUCACAGAGCCACAACCAGCACCACCAACAGCAGCAACAGCCCCAUCUGCCCCUUUCGUCUCUACUGGAUGACUCAGAGGAUGAUGUCACUAGCUCUGUCAAUAAUGCAAUCUCCGCAAUAACGGCAGCUAGUAACAGUGGAAAUAGAGGGGACGAUAGGGGAGACAUCAUAGGAGGACUUCUAGGUGGUCUUGGUUUAGGACCUCUUGGCUCACCUUCAUCUACAUCUGGUUUGGAUAAGAAUUUCAGAGGUGGUGGGAGCCAGGAUGCCAUGAGCAGCAACCAACAGAAUCUUGCCGCCAAACCAAAACGUCCACGCAAACCGAGAGCUAAAAAAGAUCCUGCAGCUCCUGGACAACCCCCCAAACGUAGGCAAUACACCCCAAGAAUGGGGCCCAGUGGCCUCCCACGCACCCACCUCUGCAGUGUUUGUGGCAAGGGUUUUGCACGUCGCGAGACCCUGCGCAGGCAUGACCGCAUCCAUACUGGAGAAAAGCCCCAUCACUGCACUGUUUGUGGAAAGUAUUUUAGAGAGGCUUUUCACCUCAGCAAGCAUCAAACAGUCCACUCUGGGGCAAAAAAUUACAAAUGCAGCAUCUGUGGGAAAGAGUUUGGUUACUCCCAGAGCCUCAGGAGGCACAGCAAACUCCAUAAGAAGGGAGAGCUGGAAGAGGUACCCACAACACCAGCUGCGGAGAACCCCAACAGCUUUAACCCAAACCCUCAAUGUAGCGUUGCCCAAGACAGGAGCCAGAACCAAGCUCCAAGCACCUCCUCCUAUUACUCCUACCCUCAAGACGUCAAACCUCAAGACACCAACCCCCAGACACAGCCUCCACCGCAUCCACAGACCCAACCUCCGCCUCGACUCUACACCUGUGCUAUAUGUUGGAAGUCUUUCCGCCACCACUUCCAUUUGACUGCUCAUCACCAGACGGUUCAUGAAGGUGGGGGUGAAAAGUUAUUCUGCUGUGAAGUAUGUGGGAAAGCAUUUGCUUACGCUAACAGCCUCACCCGACAUAGGCAGUCACAGCAUGGGAUAACCCGCUCUGAAGCAGCUAACUCACAAGAAGGCAGCAGUGGGUCUGUAGACAACAGACGUGUGAGUGAUGUUAAUCAGUCAACAUCAGAGAGUGAGGCUGCUACCAAUACCCUGCUACAGAUGGCUCCUUCCUCUGAAGGCCAUGGAGGGCAGAGUCUUAGUGUCGUCACUCAUAGCCACCAACAGCCACCCCAGCAACCACCAUCUGGUUACUCUCCCCUCUUCUAUGAUGCUGCAGCCCAAUCCUCAGCCUCUGGUGCUCCCUCUUACUCACAGCCUCUGCCUCCAAACUCUACUAUCAUGGCCCCUCAGCACCCGCAUUCCCCAGCCGGGGUAAAAGGAGAGCACAUAUAUCCAGCUGGAUCCCGUAGCCGUACGCUCCACACCACAGCCCCGUUCCAGCCCCUCACCGAACUGCCCUCCACUGAACAUCAUCAUCUGCAUCAUCAUCAUCACCAUAUCUCCCCCCACCAUCAUCCUCAUCCUCAGUCAGGUACCCAGUCCCAGCAAAACCUUGACUGCAGCAUCCAGUUGUCAAAUGAUGACAUGAGACGACAAAAGAAGAAAAGAAAAAGGUCUGAACGGAGAGAUUGGAGGGAAAAUAAAUUGGAAUCCCAAGAUUUAGUCAGAUUCGAUGAAAGCAAAAAGAAGAGAAAGAUAAGUUGUACAAUAAGAGGGCAGUCGAAUAAAAAACAAGGCUCUCUUCGCUUGACGAUUAGACGAGGCGAGGGAUCAGGUGGUAGUGGCUAUAAGCUUGUCAACACCGGGGGAAUGAAGGUGCAGAUCCUCUCGUCUCUCAAAGUCCCAGUUAAACGUUUUGGCUGUCCUAUGUGCCCCAAUUCUGUGUUUUCCCGUAAAGCGGGACUGCUAGUCCAUAUGGCAGUUAAACACCCACAAAGAGCCUCUACCACUCAAGAGCGACUAAGGUGCCGUGUAUGUGGGAAGCAGUCUCCCAGGCCUUUGGCAGCCUUCAUUCAUCGGGCCGUCCAUCGUGCCAAAGGGACUUUUUCUUGCCGACGCUGCUCCACUCGCUUCUGGAAUGCUACACUGCUCUACAGGCACAAGGUGUCCUGCCGCCGCAGGGCAAAAGGACUGCAACGAGGAGACGCCAGCAGGCUGAAGUUAUCAAAAAGAGCAGGAGAGAAGGAGACCCGAGAGGGUCAGGAGGAGAUGCCAUUCACACAGGGACCAUACAGAUACUGAGCAUCCUGGUAUCUGAAAAGAGGCAAACCAGAGAGAGAUUUCAGUUCUUAAAUGGGAAGGGGGAAAAAAAGGGACUU